GUGAAAACCAAACCGAAAAAAAAUCGAAAAAUCAACGCUAGUUUUCACAAAAACCGCGAUGAACGCUGACGAUGAAAUACUCCGGAGAGAGUUUGGGCAGCCGGGACGAAGUAUGGCAAGCGUGUUUCCAUAUGGUGGACAGCCGGUUCAUGGAGUUUCACUUGCGCACCACUUCACUUCUCGUAUAUUGGAACCUCCAGUACCUUUAAAUGGGUGCAUAAGAGCCACUCCAAUCCUCAACCAACGCUUUGGACCACACUACAACCGAAGAUUUACCCAACCAAAUGGCGCACCUUAUCCACUAAGACCCCAUUCUGACACGAGAAACGCCCACCGUGUAUAUCCAAUUCCAGUUGAACCACCCCAGAGAGUUCAUUCAAUUCCGCCAGUCUAUCAUCGGCAAAAAAGAUCAUACGCUAGUAGUGUUCAGCAACAGAAGCCACCACCAGUUCCUAUAAAGCAACAAGUACCAGUACCAUCAGUCCCUGUAAUAGAGUCAAUAGAGCAAAUCCCUCUUCCACGGCCACAACGAGAACCCUUAAUUCCUGAAUCAAACCCAGCAGCAUGGCAGGAUGUGCAUUCCAAAAGGGAGGAGAAAAUAACAAAUCAAUUAAUGGCGAAAUCUAUGGAACUCGACGAGUUCAAGAAAAAGUUCCCAGAUGGAACGUCUAUAAAGGAAAUUCUGACUUCUGGAUGGUACAAGGACAAGCUGACGGGACGCUUAAUACAAGGCAAGGAUCCUAAUAUGAAUGAAACCCCAUCGGAGCAGCCAUCUGACAAGCAAGUAACUGAGACAGAUUUGGACAGGGCCAUGCGUCUGGUGAAUUGUAGGAGUCAUUGGAAGAACAGUCGAGGCCAUCAGCCCAUCCGACCUGCGCAGCCAAACAUUCAUCCGAUGUCUCAAAACUACUCUGGACCACGAAAUGCACAUCAGCAUAAUUUACUGCCUGUUAAAAUUCAACAAAUUCAGUCUCACUUUGUUCAAAAUAAUUUACCAAGUCCAGCACGAGGGGCUCAGGUCUCCAAUGCUUUACCCUCUACAUCUUCUUCGGAAUCUUCUAAACUUACUGAUGAUAUAAAACAAGAGCAAGCAAUGAUUUCAAAAUCCAGCUUGGAACAUCCGCGCCAACAAUCGACCAGAGAAUUCCUUAUGCAAAACCAAAUGGGCCAGAAAGCGCGUUCUCUUUGGAAUCAAAAAACUUCCGGUCAUUUUUCUGAAGAACCAACACCGCGACAUCCUGUGACCCGUGUGAGCAAGUAUGCCAUGGCAGAAUUUACAAGACAUACACCAACAGGAACUCGCUCAGCCACCCCAAACAUUUUACGCAAAAACCGAAACACAGAUGGCUGCCCUUCUCCUAUGGGACUUAUAGAUCACGCAUUAUUUGGAUCAUCAAUGCCACCGACAGUUCAGUCACUGAAUAAACUGACUGGAGCAAGAAGUACACCCGAUACGCCGAAGCAAUUGAAACCAGAAGAGCCAGCUUCGGAAACUCCACGAAAACGACAACGAAAACAAAUUUUGGUUUCUGAUCACCAUUAUCAAUCAUCACAUCUUUACUCACUUCUACAAGACGACCCCGUUAAGCAUGAACCGCCUUCAGAGAAAGAAGAAGAACAAUCAAGAAGUAGUUCAAACAUUGUGCAUUCAGCAAGCCAGGAAAAUACAAAAUUUGAUGAGGAUAUUGUGAAAGUAGAAGCUCCAGAACAUAAUCACACACCACCACCAGUCAAAAAAACUCGAGGACGGCCUCGCAAAGAUCGAUCACAAGAGCCAACGGCAGUACCUAAGCAUAUGCAGAGAAUGCGGAAACCGAAAACUCUUGUACACGACGGUGCACUGAUUCCCGUUGCAGAAACUAAACUGAACCCGGAAAAUGACGAGAAAGCAGAGGAAGAGAGAAAAGCAUUACUGCAAGCGCUGCCAACAAAUCUGCUAAAUGCAAUCCAAGCGCAAAAAGCUAUGGAUAGGGAACAAGAUAAGCAACCAAGAAAAUACACAAGACGAACACGUACGCCAAAGAAGUUGGCUACUGAAAAUCAGCCAUUGAACGCAGUCACCGCAUCUCUUCAGUUCCUGCAAUCAAUUACAAAUAUCGACCCAAAUGUUUUAUUUUCCGGAUUGAACUCGGAAAUAUUAAACGAUGAAGCUGUGGAAACUGUUGGAGAAGAGAAGCUUGACGAAUCCUCAACCCUAUUACCUACAGCAACAGUGGUUGCAACUUCUGGAAACCCGCUUACGUUAGACUUUGAUAACCCGUCCAAAAUUGUUGUUGCUCCAAUUUGGACGGACGACACUGGUCCGUUGAUGCCUAUUUCAAUGUAUCGGACGGAUAAAAAAAUUGAGAGAAAGUUGAUGCUUGAUCCCGUGCCGAAGCCCGUAGAAUUGAUGUCUAAUGGAACGCACCCAGCUUUAUCAAUCUCUUCCUCAUCUUUACCAAAUCAAUCACCAGAUUCAAUUUCCAUUCCAACAAAAAUGUUUAGUUUUGUAAAUGCAGAAGAUCUAUUAGUACCUUCUGCUCCAUGUCAAUUUGAAACUACAUCAAUACCGAUGAUACCAGUUCACAAAGAAACUAAACCACUGGAAACAAGAACCUGUGAUUCAAUAAAACGGGUUCGCUUUUCGCUCGAUUGUAGUUCAAAAAAUUCGAUAUCAACGAAAGAAAGAAAUCUUCUAACGCUGAAGCUCAUGAGAAAGUAUCAACUUAAGUUUGCCAAGUUCAAUAAUGUUCUGUUCGGCAAGCCAAAGCCACGACAACGGGAAGGUUCAAUUUCCAAGACAAAGGACAUGCAUACAAUCAGAAAAAUCAAUGAACACUUCGACAGCCUAGUGAUAAACUGUGUCACUGCCCACUUCGAUGAACAACCCGACGCCAUAACUUCUCACCAACACAAUUCAAUAGUGACCGAGUUUCCAAUUGACUGGGAGAGCACUGACACCGGAUGCAGAUGGUUUCCAUGGCACGAACGGAUUGUUAACAAUUGUGCGAAGGAUGCUGCUUCUGAUAUGGUUGACUCUAAAAUCAAUGAAAUCAAUAGCGUAAUCGCAUAUGUGGACCCGAUGAUUAAUGGCGUGACUGAUCUGGAUGUGAAGGAAGAGCUGUCCGAUUUGGCGUUUUUGAUCAGAACAAUGUAUGACAACUUGGAUUCUAAACUACAAAAUCAUGUGCGGUAUGGCCAAGUUUCUCUGCCAAAAACGUUUGAGCUCAAACUGAAGAGCAUUGAGCAGAGGCUUGGACAAUGGACGAGUGUUAAGGAAAAAUUUCGAUCGAAAAAUGUGGAUGCGAGCAUUUCCAAAUGGAAAGUUGCAAUGAACAAUUACAUUGCUGCCACAAUGGAUCGGGAGAUGAAAAAGCAAUGUUUAAUGGACAGCUAUUUAAAACUCAAGAAAUCCAUACAAUGUUUUGACGCAAUUGUAGAUAUAACAAUGUUCGCGUCUCGGCUUCAAGUCCUAUAUUACCACGCCUGUCGGGUUUACAGAAGUCCAUUGAACUUGCUGGAAGUUCAAAACAUUAUGAGAUCAGUGGAGGAUACUGAGUACUUGUUGCUCCUCGCAGAGGUGAAGGUGAAGCUUUUUGAGGAGAUUGACGUAAAUCCUCGAGUUCGAGAACAGUUACGACCAAAAAUUGAUUUAAUUGAUUUAUAUAUGGCGGCGGAUUCCAUGAAUGUUGCUAAAGGAAGACUUAGAAGGCUUCUGCGUUUGAAUACUGACGAUGGCUCAAUCAAAGCAUGCGAGAAUGAUCUAUGUUGGAAAGUUGACAAAUUUAAGGACAAGUGCAAGGAUUGUGAUAUUCCAGAAAUAAUUUCUCUGCUGCCUUCAAAAAGUUGGCCCCAGGUGAUCAUAGAAGAAGAAUCUGCAAGAGCGACAGGGGAAUACCCGGAACGAACAAACUUGUUUUUAGAAACUGAAGAUUUUGACUUUGACUAUUCACUUGAACUUCCAGUAAGACUGUUUGCAAACAGCACACUUGGAGGAACAUUAUCUCAAAUGUGUAUCAGUCUACCGCAGCUCACAAGUAUUGUGGAUGAAAAGUUGAGAGAGCGAGCGGAAAAAGAAAAGGAAGAGCCCAAAAAUAUCAUUCAAUCUGUAAUUCCAUUAUACCGACAACACUCAAAGUUUUAUGAGAAGAGAUGCCAAAUUUUGAUUGAAGCCAGAAAACAAGCCAAUAUGCGAAAAGCUGAGCAUUCUACUCAUUUUAACUCCAAUGAUCAGAAGCUGGUGAAUUCCAUUCAGCGGGAUGUUAAAAUGUACGGGAGCGUAGUUUCUGGAGACCAGCUCUUAGAUUAUAAACCUGGAAGAGAUGACGAAAAACAACUAGAUGUGGAGAUACAAAACAAGAUACGACUUUUUCGUGAACAAAAGCGGGCUGAAGCGUUGGAGAGAGAUCGACUAACCAAUCUGAACCGACUUGGGAGGCAAACUGAAACGACUGAAAUUAAACGAAAAAAAGCUCCCUGUGAGAAGACUGAGAGUACCUUUGAAAAUGGGGAAAUCGAUUAUGACAAUAUUCACCAUGGUAUUAGGAUCAUCGAAAGUGAAAGUGAAGAAUCAUCGGAUUCCGAUUCUGAUUCUGAUGAAAACGUGGAGCAAGAAAUUAUAGAUGGGCAAGUCAUCUCCAUGUCACAAAAAGAUUGUCAAAAACUACUCGAGCAGCAUCGAAUUGCCUGUGACAGAAUUCGAGAGCCCAAUAAUUUUCUAAGAGACCAGAAUAUUAUGCGGAACAGUGAGAGGAUAAGGCAAUCUGAUUGGGAGUACGAGUAUAUGCUAGACCAAUUAGAAUAUCUUGAGAAUUUUGAAGAUGAUGAAAUUGAUGUGGAAGAAGAUAAAAAAUUCAAGCAUAAUGUGUCUAGUGUUGAUGAAGAACCUGUGGAAAAGCGAAGGAAAAGUUAAUAAAUAGAAAGAUGCAAUUGCAUUUCGUAGCUGUGCAAAUAUUACUGAUGUGUCAUUUUAUGGAUCGAACUUGGAUUUUUAAUAUAUAUAUUAAUAGAGUAUCAUUUCACUUUUAUCAUUUUUUAUGUUGAAAUAUGUGUUUUUUUUUAGUGUCAUCAUGUUUUUUUUUGUGAGAUUAUUACAAUUAUAGUUGAACGGUGGUUUUAAAAUCAUAAUAACACAUCCCUGUAUUUCUAUUUGAUCCGCCGCUGGUUUGAACUUUUCGAAUUUAAUAAGUUCAAUUGAAAGCUACCGCUUGGUAAAUGAAUAUUUGAGUAUCAC